UCUAGGGCCACCCAGCGGCGCGGGAAGGAGUACGCAUGCGCUAGAACUAUAACUGGCGGCGGCAGCAGCAAAAUGGAAGCGGAGGAGCAGCGCCCGGACUGUGCAGAAGACAUCCUUCCAAGGGAUCUGGCCCAACAGAACCCCUCUCAAGGAAACCGGCUUGGCUUAGAAGAUGGAAAAAAUGUUGAGACACUGGAAAAUGUUUACAGCCAGGAGAAAAUGGAGUUGGAAGUCUUUGCCAAGCCAGAUAACACUGUCAGUUCUAGCUGUGGUAUCCAGGCUGACUGUGGGGUUUUCACAGGCACUGGCAAGAAGGAAUGCCACCCAAACCGUAGUCUGAAGAAUGGCAGCGCUCCCCAUUGCCUCAGCCCUAAGGAAGCAUCUCCCCAGAGUCUUGGUCUUGAAACAGGCCACGCUUCGACUUCCUUGAAUGAAUCCCUUGGAGAGCUUCCCAGCCUACAAGUCGUGCGUCGUUCCUUGAGUUGCUACAGUCCCAAACCGGGCACUAAACGCCGGAAGUCACUAACGUCUCUUUACAAGGACGUUUCUGAGCUGAGCAAAGCAAUCAGUCUGGACUUGCCAGAGGCUGACAGGAUGGCAACGCUUCUCUUCUCCAGCUUCCAGUACUCUGCGCAGAAACUUGAGCACUUCUUAAGGCAGACCAAAGACUUUAAUCCUGAAACCUUUAAACAGAACGUGAGCUUGCUUUCGGAAGAGCUGCGGCUCCACACGAAGAAACUGGGACUAGAUGGAUCUCUGCAAAAAUGCUUUGAGGAUCCUAGAAGAGAAUUAUCCGAUCCUGCAUGGAAUGCAUCAGUGACUUACAUAAAGGAAGAAAUGGCUAGGUUGUCUGCAGAGAAUCAAGCUUGGGAAGAACUGCUUCAGUCUUACCAGAAAAAUGCCGAGGAAAUGUCCAGGCAGUUGGAGCUGUGCAAGUUGAAGCAAGUGCCAAAGGAGCCUUUAAGCUAUCUUGGGGCAUCCCAGGCCCAUGUACUGCAAGCCAAGCCAGACUACCAGAAAGUACUGGAUUGUCAGAGGGAGAUCUUUUACUGCCUGGAGUUUGUGCUGGAUGAAAUCCAUCAGAUGGUGAAGGUUUGUCAAACCUAUAUGGAAGACGUUACACAGUAUCUCCAGAAGCUAUCAGCCCAACUUGCAUCAAGGACUUUCCAGAGAUUAGAAAGUUCACCAGCACGAAAACUGCUCAGGCUUCUCCAGACACAGUCAUCUGCACCUCCACCUCCCCAGCGAUAGAGGUCAUUACAUUCUCGUUAUGUUUGCAGGCUUUGGAUGCAAUGCCACUACUGGCCAAUUCAGUGCUAUUUUCCUGAUGUGGUUCCCUUUUCUCUUCUGCCUGACUUGAGUUACACUUUAAGGGCAAUAGCAUUCUUGCUCUGUAGCUUGACAGGUGGGGGGAUAUAAAUACAUGUUCUUUCUACCAAUCUAAAACCAAAUGCCUCCCAUUGAUUUCAUCCUGUGUAGCUCCAGUACAGUACAAUGCACUCACCCUGUGUGGAACAUAGCAGGUGACAGUGCUUCCUCCAGUCACAAAUCUGACUCCACAGGAGUCAAAAUAGGAUUGGGCUCUCAUCUUCCUUUCCAUAACCCACAGUUUCAAACUAAUAGGCAAUAACAGCCUGGCUUGUUCUACAUUUUACAUCUGCCGGUGGCGAUAGCAGAUCAGUGCUUCCCAAUGGGUAUGUAUAUAAUGUGAUAGUAAGUGUUUAGCCAGAGAUUGAAAAGUCAGAUGUAACUGUUCGGUAUUCUCUCCCUCUUCAUCUAACUUUUGAAAACCUGAUGUGCAAAUGCCUAGGCAAUCAGUAGCUACUGGCAGCUGUAAAGUUGGGCCUGGUUGCUGAAAAUGGCAGAAAGUAGAUUUUGCCCCCAUUUAAACUGGUAAAAAGAAAGGAAGAGAACAGAAUCUUUUCUUUGUAUUUGGGUCUCCCUUUCUCUACGUUGACACCUAUGCUUUGUGGAUUGUUUUGCACCCUUGCCUAAAACAAGGUAAAUCCCAUGUUCUUUCAUGGGUUUUUGUAACUCUCUUGUCUCAAGCGCUUAAGUUGACGUUCUGGUUGCCAUUUUAAAAUAAAGUUAUUUC